AUGCGGAUUCUUUUCCUGUGUACUGCGCACAAUUCCCUCUCACAGCGUCUCUACCUGGCCUUGUCGCGCUUUUAUCACGUCACAAUCGAAUUGGCUCUCUCGGACGAUGUCAUCAUCUCUGCUGUCACACUUGCUGCCCCUGAUUUAAUCAUUUGUCCAUUCUUGACCGUCUCCAUCCCACGGGAAGUUCACGAGAAGAUCCUCACCUUGGUGAUACAUCCGGGCCCGCCCGGUGAUAUCGGACCAAGCUCCUUGGAUUGGCUUCUUAUGGGUGACGAUGGCACCAUCGACGACUCUACUCGAUUACUAGAUGACCUCAACUCAUUGCCGUGCAGGCCCGGCCGUAGCUUCUGGGCAGUCACCGUGUUGCAGGCCAUUGAACAGUUUGAUGCUGGUCCAGUCUGGGCUUUUGAGCAAUUUCCAGUAGAUAUCGAUCAGCCUGGGUUGACCAAAUCCACCCUUUACUUCGGCGCCGUCACUCAAGCUGCGCUCGACGCGACCAUUGCAGCCAUACAACGUGUCCGUAUGGCAGAAGAUUUUGGGGAAGUGCAAUCUCGUUAUCAAAAUGUACCUUUUUCGCCCUUGUUGCGACCACGUCCUGAGUAUGGCAGGAUCUCACUCGGGGACAAUCGCAUUUUCCAAGGCGGCAGAGUGCACCACAGGCCGCUCCUCAGAGCUGCGCAGCGCGCAUUCAGCGUUGAUAGACACGACGCUCAGCUCAUAUCGCGCCGCAUCCGUAGCAGCGAUUCGCAGCCUGGAGUAUUGACGAAAAUGUUCGGCAUUGCGUUGUACGUGUACGGUGGCAUGAUCGACGACAAUGCUGCCGGACUACUGCCGACGUCCGUCCCAGGCAUGAGAGUCGAGAUCCUGGGUGUACGCAACAAUGCCGUCUGUAUUUCUACAUUUGAUGGCAAGGGCGUCUGGAUCACUCAUGUUCGCCGCCCCAAAAGUCGAAGUGAUCAGGCUCUCUGGCCCAAGGUUCCAGCUAUCAUGGGCCUGCUGGUACUCGGCAUCCUAAAGCAAGAAUAUAUCUUUCGUCUCCGCUGGUCCUUGCCCGGGCAAUGGUCCGCUGUUCCGUACGCAAGCUUCCAAGAAAUCUGGAUCGAUAUGCAGCCUCAUGAGGGCUCUUCGAAGACGGCAUACCUUUAUUUCAACUUUUACAACGGCGCCAUGUCUACCGAUCAAUGCUCGCAAUUGAUCGAUGCAAUGGACUUCAUACUAUCUGAGUCGACCGAUGAGAGUCCUAUUCAAGCCGUCGUUCUCAUGGGAGGUAGCUAUUUCAGCAACGGGAUUGCAUUGAACGUUAUCGAAUCGGCCAUAUGUCCAGCCACAGAGUCGUGGCUGAAUAUCAAUAGAAUCAACGACGUCGUUCACCAUAUCCUAUACGAGUUCCCGGCUCAUGGCAUUGUUACCAUUGCAGCUUUGCGAGGGAACGCCGCGGCUGGCGGUGUCGCUCUUGCCGCGGCUUGUGACGUGGUCAUUUCGGGUUCAAGUGUGGUGCUCAACCCUGCAUAUCGAGCUGUUGGACUGUUCGGAUCAGAAUAUCACACGCUUUCCUAUUCUGGUCGAUGUGGCGAGCUGAAAGCGCAAAAGAUUAUUCGAGAAAUGCUUCCCAUGGAUGCGCAGCAAGCACAGUCUGCCGGGUUGGUGGAUUAUGUUUUUCCUGGCACCGGUACCACUCUGGAUGAUUACAUUCGAUCGCAUAUCGCAUAUAUGCUCAAACCUGGUAUACUCAAGCGUGGCUUCUGGAAGCGAAGUGUCGACUUGUCGCAGCCCGCACUAGCACGAGCCCGAGCCAGGGAGCUUCAGGAGAUGAGUCUUGACUUCUGGAGUGCGAGAUCGGUGCGAUAUCACGAGCGACGCCGAGCCUUCGUGCGGAAGAUACCAGCGAGUAGCACUCCACUGCGCUUCGCUACUCACAGGAGAAUCCAUGAGCCUGAUAAGCGAGACGCAGAAGAGCUUGAUAGUUUCGACAGCGUUGCGCAUUUCGUAAAGCUUGCGGAAGUGCAGCUCGUGGCAAACCUGAGGGAUCCCGGUCAGGUCGCGGAUGUGCAACCAAGCUCACUACCGUCAAAUGGACUUAUCCAUUCCCAGUCCAAUCACAUUGACUCCUUAUCGAUCUCGCAUCACAGCUCCGCGAAGUCAGCGAGCAUGUUCGCCUGUUACUAUAAGCCUCCCGACGAGGAUCUGCUCACGCCACCCGGAACGCCCCUACGAUCACGGCGAUCGCCAGAUUCUGAGUAUCCGAUGGCAUCGGCGAUGGACCCUCGAGAUAUCUCUCCUUUAUUAUCUCCAUUUACACCCGCUCGAGAGGUUGGUACUUUUUCAUUUUUUUGA